AUGGCGGGUAUUACUCAGGGCUCAAACGAACCUAAUGGGUUCUCAUUUGCAUCUGCACUUCAGAAUGCAUACGCCCGAAAACUUGAUGUCAUAAAUCGAGGCUUCAGUGCCUACAACACCAACCACGCACUCGAAGUUCUCCCACAAUUCCUCCCCACUCCCUCUCAAGCCAAAAUUCGUUUUCUACUCAUCUUCUUCGGCGCCAAUGAUCUGAACCGUGGCCCCUCCGCAAACCAAUAUGUUCCUCUUCCCCAAUUCAUCCAAAAUAUAAGGAAACUUAUCUCUCAUCCUCUCAUUCAAGCUCACGGACCGAGAAUUAUACUAGUAACGCCAGCACCGGUUGAUGAGGCAACCUGUAGGGUUACGAAUGGUGAGUGGGGAUAUUCGGAUGAUCCUAGACGGGUGAGAGAUACGAGGGAGUAUAGGGAUGAAGUGGUGAGGAUUGGGGAGGAACAUGAGUUAGGCAUUGUGGAUUUAUGGACUGCGUUUAUGGGUGCUUGUGGAUGGAAAGAAGGAGAUGAUCCAGCCAAAAUGCCGGGCCUAGAAGAAAAUGGCAGAGAUCCUAAUCUCACGAAAUUGCUGUAUGAUGGUCUACAUUUCAGUGGGGAAGCCUACAAGAUUCUUUUUGAAGAAGUAUUGAAAUGUAUUGUAGAAAAGUUUCCAGAUCAGGCUCCCGAUAAGUUAGAGAAUGUUUUUAAGGCGCAGUGGGAGAUAGAUAUGGGACGGUAA